AUGCACCAGGAUCAGCGCAGACUGAAAAACUCACCCAUCGAAGUCCCCGAGGGCUUCAAGCCCAUACAGAGACGACAAACGGACAUCAACCUGUGCUUCGACUACUCUGAGGCACCACCGGAGAUCUAUGAGGAUUCCUUCAAGCAAAGUUAUGAUCACAUCAACUUCGACCAAGUCCUACGCUACGUUUCAUUCCGAAGAAUCGAGCUCCAGAAACCCCCUGUGUCAGCUGUAAAAGCAAGACUGACUAGGAACCGAGCCCAGACAUCGAAUAAAGGACGCGGCAGGGAUGACUUGACUGUUUUCUUCAACUGGCUGAAGGGAAAGGGGGUCAAGCAUAUCCUCAAAGUGAUGGUAGAUGACCUGAAAGACCCAUCGCAUAGCGACAAGGCACUCGAGGAUUGUCUGAGACCUUUCGAGGUGGAGAUUCUCGACUGGACGAAGGUCGACCUGUGUCCUGAGACUAUCCUAACUGCUUGCCGAAAUGUGAGACAGCUGUAUCUUCGAUGGAGCGGUAACAGAGCGAUCUUACGGGCUUGGAGUGAGCCUGAAGGGCUGGCGAAGCUGGAAAAUCUAGAGGCGGUACAUCUUGUAUACAGUGAAGAUCAGGCGUUGGAGUCGGCCGAUCGCAUCACCAUGUACGCCAAUGACUUCGAAGAGCGAUUGAACGAGUCAGCAGCCGCGAACCCAAGAAGGAUUGUCCCAACAGACGGAGAAGAUGCUGAGCAGGGAAGACGUAUACUCGUCUUCAGGUGCAAGGCAGACGUUCCGGGAGUGAAAGAAUUAUGGCUAAACUGUAUGGACAAGUUUGCCGACGAACUAAAAAACACUUGUUCCGAGUUUGUCAAGCCUCAGAAUGGCAUCAAGGUAGCCCUAAUCGACGAUGGUGCCGACCCAUAUGUUGAGUCUCUUCGGGGUAAGAUCUGGGGUGGAGAGACGUUCAGCAGAGGCUUUCCGCACGAGAACGGUCCAAGUCCUUACUAUAGGUCUACAAAGGGCCAUGGAACUGUGAUGGCGGACAUGAUAUGCCGGGUCUGUCCGAUGGCGAGGUUGUAUGUGUACAAGCUUGAGACGCAGACGAGUCUCAACUUGGCGACGCAGACUCAUGGCAAGGAGUACAUUGCUGCAGAGAGUGCGGCUUUGGCUGUCAGAGCAGCGAUAGGUCAGAAGGUGGACAUCAUCUCAAUGUCUUGGACGGUCAAAGAAACAGUCGAGAAUCGCGAUGGCGUCAACACCUUCCGCCAAGCCAUAAAGGACGCCCUCGACGCCGGGAUCCUCCUCUUCUGCGCCGCCGCCGACACUGGUGCCAUCACAGAAGUCGAGUACCCAUGGUCUUUCGACCGGCAACGCAUCUUCCGCAUCGGAGCAGCCACAGCAGAUGGUCGCGUAUGGGGCCCAACUGGUAGCCCUCAGCAUUUAAGUUUCAUUUUACCCGGCCACAAGGUAGUAUCGCGAAAUCCGCACCGAGAGGGGGCGUUACCAGAUGACUUUGAGGAACGCACCGGUUCGUCCGUGGCUACGGCUUUGGCAGCUGGUCUAGCAGCACUCAUUCUUCACUGCGUCAACCUUGCUGUUGUUCAUGGUAAGGAACAUCCGUCUACUACUGCUGUUAGCGGCGAAGAUCUUGAGAGGCUUGCGAAUCACGAUGAUAUGUAUAAUGUGCUUCGUGGUAUCGGGCUAGAUGAGGGACAGCAGCGGUUCAUCGAGGUUUGGCGACGGUUUGAUCGCCCUGCGAAGGAGCUGAAGGAGCCGAUGAGUGAAAAGAUGGAUGCUCUUGGUAUUGUGGCUAGACUGGCUCGAGAUCUUGUUCCUAGUGGGAGUAGCUAG